GAUAACGACAUUGAGACAGACCGGGAGAACACACACAGAAGCUAUUGCUAUGGCGUCUGUGGGGGACACAGGAGAAAAUGAGAGAAUGUCUGUGCUUUUGUCCAGGCUGCUGGACAGGAAAGUUAUUGGGACACCGGAAAUGGUGACCAUCAAAAGAAGGAUUUGGCCCAUACAGGAGCGCAUACAGAAUUCUAGUAACGACUUUGAAGACUUAACCUAUUGCGGAAGUCAGCCCGAAGGGAUCGUCAUGCAAGGCUCGGAUCUUGAUGUUUUGCGAACAGAUAAGAACGUUGUGGUAUUGUACCAAGGACAAAGUAUUCCAAAGGACUGUGCUCACAAAACAGUUCUGUUUAUCAGAGAAACCGGAUGCAGAUCGGGCUAUGCAACUUUACAAUUAGGUCAUUUCGGCGAAAUGGUAACCGAAACAUUAUCCGAGUCACUCGUUCCUGUUGGCGCAGACGACACCCUGUAUGUUUCCAGUGAUAUCUAUAGGGAGAAAUGUGUGAAGAGAAUCGCUGAAACAACAAGAAUGAAGGCAGAAUCUCAUGGCCCAAGUAGUAUACUGACCGAAAUACAACAUCAGUCUGAUCACGUAUAUAGUUUUGUAUGUAACAGUUUUCCUAGAGAGGCUGAUGAAUGGAUUACUCGUACACGGGUGUAUGGCUGGCCUUCGCAAGAGCUAAUCGACAAAAUCGUCCAGAGUGGCUGCCAUCUUGUCCCUAUCGGGGACAAGUGCUCCGGGGACACUUUGUUACAAUGGAGAAUAUCACUUGUAAAAGCAGAGAAACGGCUUGUUCACUCUCUGAAUCACGUACAAUUUCAAGUUUACUGUUUGCUAAAAUAUUUCCUGAAACAGAUUCAAGAUACAUUGGAGAAAGUGAUUGGGGAUCGAGACAUACUGUGUUCUUAUUUCAUGAAAACAUUGAUAAUUUUCGCUGUUGAAAAUACGCAUCAGAUGUUCUGGCAAGAGAAAAACUUGUUUUACUGUUUCUGGUUUUGUUUCAAUAUCUUGGCAUCGUGGGUCAAAUCUGGGUGUUGUCCGAACUACUUCUUUGCAAAAAACAACAUGUUCGAGAAAAAAGUUCACGGAGAGAACCAACGAAAAUUACUUCAUAUUCUAGAACAAUGCCAUGUAUUGAAAUGGAUGAGUUUAUCUGUUGGAACUUAUUUUGAUCCGUCGAUAAUGGAAUAUCUUAGAUAUGCUAAAGUUCAAGAUGAGCUUAAAAGACCAAGAACUCGAGAAAAAAUAGAGCAUGAAAAUGACAUGGAGGCGCUAGAUGGGUUGAAAUGGUGUCGAAGAUUGUUCUUGUACAGAGAUUCAGUCUCAAGUCCGAUGACUCUAUUAUCGAAAUCUGAAUCAGAACUUGACGAGUUGAUCACCUACUUUAGUUCAGUGUGCACGCUCACUACAUUAGCAGCAGACGCGUAUCCGGACAACAUGUUGCCUGCUGACAACAAGACGAGAUACAAGAUUCUAAAGAAAUGCAAACGUUGGUUGAUACCCGGGUCCUCAUUCGGCACAGAGUUGUUGUACUUGGCAACUUUUCAUUUCCAGACUGGAAACUACGAAAAAGCGUUAGAACUCUGCAAAAGGAUAAUGUCACUGAACACAUUUGAUAUUGACGAUGAAACACGUGUGGCACCCGAGCACCAAGAAAGUCACGUGCAUCCGUUCUGUGGACAAGGAUACUCCUUGAUAGACAGGAUUAAGAGGAUAUUUACCUACCUCCUCUUCUUUAAGGAUGGUCCAUUUUGUCUUCCUCAGUUCCAGCCAGAGUUAUCACAAACUGAUCGCGGUGUGUAUAUUCCUUCUCUGCCGUACGCGGUGUUCUUGUAUUUCCUUUGCUGCCACGAGUUGGGGGACAAAAGUGGACGAGAUGCAGCUCUACGUCACAUGAUUGUGUUGAAGUACGAUAACCAACAAGGGGGACACAAACAUUGGAUAGUACACACACUCCUCGGGAUCUGUUACCAAACCCUAGGGGAUACUCAGAGAGCUAUCAGAGCUUAUUUGGAAUCUCAUAAAACAAAAACGAUCUUUCACGAGUUGAAUCCUGCCUUGGAGCGGAUUCAAGCUUUGCAAUCAAUGGGGGAGUAGAGGUUGCAUUUACUCAGAACUGGUUCAGAUGGACAGUGGAAAGAUUGCGGAACGAGUAGACAAUACGUUUUGAGGCUUUGGCAAAAUGGCAGAUAAUGUGGCAUCUGCAUUUUCAUUCACCUCGAUAGGGCAAUAUGGCAAUCGCAACAUCCCUGGAGUUAUUUCCGGCUAUCCUCGAGUUUAGUUUCCU